AGAGAGAGAGAGAGAGAGAGAGAGAGAGAGAGAGAGAGAGAGAGAAGAUGAGCAGAGAAGGGAAGGUGGUGUGUGUAACAGGAGCGUCUGGUUUCAUAGCAUCAUGGCUGGUGAAGCUCUUAUUACAACGCGGUUACAUUGUCAAAGCCACGGUUCGUGACCCAAAUGACUCAAAGAAAACAGAACACUUAUUGGCACUUGAUGGGGCAAAAGAAAGGCUGCAUUUGUUCCAAGCAGAUUUGAUAGAAGAAGGAUCUUUUGACGCUGCAGUUGAUGGAUGUGAAGGUGUUUUUCAUACAGCAUCCCCUGUUCUAUUUUCAGCCAAUAACCCUCAGGCAGAAUUAAUUGACCCUGCAGUGAAGGGAACCCUUAAUGUACUAAAAUCAUGUGUAAAAUUCGCUACCGUCAAGAGGGUAGUUUUAACAUCUUCUACGGCUGCAGUCAUUGUCAAUGGAAGACCAUUGACCCCUGAUGUGGUGGUUGAUGAAACAUGGUUUUCGGAUCCUUUUUUUUGUGAGAAUUUUAAGAUCGCGAAAUGGUAUGUUCUUUCGAAAACUUUAGCUGAGGAAGCUGCUUGGAAAUUUGCUGAAGGAAAUGGAAUUGACUUGGUUACCAUAAAUCCAUCCUAUGUGAUUGGUCCACUCUUACAACCAAGCCUUAAUCUCACUGUGGAGAUGAUUCUCAACCUCAAAAACGAUAUUGAAGAUGUAAACAGUUCAAUUUAUUCAUGUAGUGAUGUUAGAGAUGUUGCCUCAGCUCAUGUUCAAGCAUUUGAGGUUCCUUCAGCUAAUGGAAGAUAUUGUUUAGUUGGACAUGUUACACCCAUGGCCAAGGUUCUGAAGAUUUUACAUGAACUUCAUCCCUCUCUGUGUCCACCUGAAAAAUAUGAGGAGGCCAAUCCUUCUGAACCCACAUAUCAAGUAUCACAGGAAAAAGCAAAAAGUUUGGGAGUUAAUUUCCUUCCACUGGAAGUAAGUCUUAGGGACACUGUUGAAAGCCUCAAGGAGAAGGGCUUCCUCAAGGUUUGAAUUAUGCAACUGACAGCAACUUGCUCAUUGCACAAGUUUAUCCAAAGAGAUAGUGAAAGUAAUAUUCUUCAUGUUCAGACUUUCUAUAUUUGUCUGUAUAUGCCCCCAAUGUUCAGCUCCAUUGAAAAUGAAUUAAAAUGAAGUAACUUUUCAAUCUCUGGUGUACCAACCAAAAGUGUCUUUAAUUAUCUGUUUU